CAUCUUAUUUGCAUUUUUCCACAAGUCUUCCUCAAGUUAAUUUCAGUGCAACAGACAAGCUUAAUUGAUAAGUGCCGCUUCGUGCAAUGAACAUGCUCCCGAGCUUCCCUAGUAUACAUGGCUUAGUAAUUUUUUUCCGCAUUUCAAAGGAAGUUUCAAAGACAAAUGUAUUCCUAAAAACAAGUGUCUCGCAAAAGCAGAAUUUAUCUUAAAAAAGAGGAAAAGUGGAGUAACCCGGGAUGACCGAAGACUCCCCAUAAGGUGCCUUAUGUGCCACUGCGGCGGAAGGAGGAUACAUAGUGAAUCCACAAUAAUGGAGUAACCGUGGGAUGACCCGUGGUAAAGGCAUAUCCUAUAGGCCUACAUUUGAAAUAGAAGAAUUUAAGUACCCCUGCUUAAAAUUCACUUUCUGCACAAAGUGCAAAUUCAAGGAUUGCUCACACGUGUGAACUUUAAUGUGUUGGUCGUAUAAAAAUAGUGGUCUUUAAAACCCAUAUUUCUGGGUUACUACUUAAUUUAGAAUUUGAUACUGAGAGAGAGAGAGAGAGAGAGAGAGAGAGAGGCGGUCGGUUAGUAUGUAGGCCCUAAAAUGGUUGUGGAAUCCCCAAAUUCUUAAAUUUGUAGUAUCUCCUUAAUUUCAGUGUUUUUACGAAAGGAGCACACUACGAGCACAUUCUUUUCCUCGAUAAAAACAACUGUGUGACAACAAAAGCGUAAUCACAUCAUCACAUCCAAGUUCAUUGCUGCGGACAAAAUGUAUUCAUCCAUUCAAGAGGUAAAACAUAGCAUACAAUGAGUAGAAAAUUUAGCGGCUGAUGUUUCAGUGAAAUUUAACUGAAAUGCGUUAGAGAAGACAGUCUUGGCAUUAUGUCCAACACAACUAAAAAAAGUAGUUACGGAAAAUGGGGCUGGUUAGGAUUAUUAUAUCGAACACUAUUAACAUUCAAGAGGAACGUUAAGACCACCAUUUCCUCCUGUAAAUUUCACAAGGAAAUAUUUAUAUCAGGUACUUUAGUUUUUUUUAAUGAUUUUUCAAAUUCUGAAUUGGGAAAGUUACUUUGUUUUGCAGGAUAUGUAGGCAUAAGAAAUAUGACUUUGUGGCAUUUUUAGACGUGUACAGUAUGCAUUCAACAUUUAACCAUAGCAGCCGUUAUCGGAAAUAGAGACUUAUAACUUGCCUCAGUUUUAGGCCUUACCUACAGUAAGAACCUAGCAUCUAAGGCCUUACCUGCUCUAAGAAUCUAGCAGGUACCUAGUAAGGCCUUACCAAGAGUAAGAACCUGGCAUCUAAGGCCGAAGACUGAGGUAAUAAAACUGAGGUAACCUUAGAACCUACUCGUCGAUGAUGGUCUCCCACUGCUUAGGCUACAGAUUGUAUGUUAACAACAAAAAUUCGAGACUGUUCGUGUCUGGUAGACACUCAAAGUCAUUAUCAGAAUUAUCACGGUACAAAGCGAACAAUCAUCAACAUUCCCCAGAGUUUGUGAUAAUAAAUACAAAACAACUUUCUCAUUUUAUUUUUUUCUAUAAAACAAAUGCAAGUGUCUGUUUAUUUGACUAUUAUGGAUUUAGAUUGGGUGCAAGAAGACUAAAUAUUUAGUUUUAAUAUAUCCUUUUUGUGAAACAGAUCCCUUUGAGUUAUAAGUUAUUAAUUAUUUUCGAAAAAUAUGAGUUUGAGUUUCUAGAAUGCCUAUCACAGGAUCAUUUAUGCAAUUAAACGAGGAGGCAGGUAACCCCUCAUCAGCACAACAAUCUGUCCUGUCACGUGUUAAUCGCAUUUGUUCUUAGUUUGAAGUAGCUGUGAACGAAAAUUUAGGAAAAAAAUACAGAAAGUGAGGAUUUAUCCGCUCAAAAUUAAUAUAUUUUAAGAAAAUUAUUUAAUCAAAUUUGUUGAAUAAUUUUCUAAAUUUUACACGUGCAUAGUUGACACUAUUACAUCGAUAUUAAGAUUUUGAGAAUGGUAGGUACCCAUGUUACCUUCUCUGAAACAAGUACAAAAUAUCUCCAAAAAAAAAAAUAAUAAUAAAUAAUAAUAAUAAUAAUAAUGGUGAUAAUAAUAAAUAAGAGUCUAACCUGUUUUUAGCAGAGUGAUAUUUUAGACCGUAAUACGUAACGUUGUGGACGUAAUCAUCAUUGUGACGUCAUAUUUACGUCAACGUCAACCCAUGCUUAGAGCUGCGUUGAUGUCACUUGCCCUAACGACGGAACUCAAAAUGGCGGUUAAUAAACCGUCACCGCCAGUUUGUUGAUAGAAAUGGACGUAUCCAAGAAACUUGACUUAAAUUACUGUACAGUCCGUAACCUAACUUCCCGAGGGGUAAGUGUAGAGAUAGCCCAGUCAAUAGUUCAUUACCGCAAACGACAUCAUUUAUUUCAACACAUAGACGGAUUAUGGAAAAUACCAGGAAUGAACAGAGAUUUAUUCAAUUAUUUAAAACAUGUUGCAUAUAUACCAAAUGAGGGCGUUCUUGCUAUCGGUUCAAAGAUACCAUACGAAGUAACCCAGUCAGAUAUCUACAGCAAAGAUUCGACAACGAAACACCCAGCUAAUCGAAAGUCUGUAGAAAAUUACCCAACAUCAAAACGAAAAGGGGAUCAAAAUGAAAUUGGCAAGGAGUCAAAAGCAAAAAAGAGAGAAACGCCUCGGCGGAUCUGUCGCAAUUAUCAAAGACAGCCAUUUGAAACACCAGUUUGUCAACUUGAAAUGUCGCAUAACGAGAAAACGCCGUUUUUAUCAAUGGGGGAAUGGAAGCCUCAGAAGUUACCAGCACGGAUACGAAACAAGAACACAGGGAAAAGUUCACCUAACGUGCAAAAACACGACAUCCCUGUCCAUGUAGAAAGGUCCAAGUCGGGAAAACAAAUAAACGUCGUCUGCUACUAUGAACAGAAUCAGGUUCCUCCAAAAGUCAACCUUCAGGUGACGGGCGUUCCAGAUACCCGACCAUUAGGACAACUUCGCUCUCCAGAUCUUACAGGACUCUCCAAAGCGCUUAAAAUUACCAGACUUUCACCGCACAGACACGAAAGACCCGAUGAACCUAUAGCUAUGGACAGGUGUGAUGCCCUUGGGAAAGCCAUUCCAAAUGAGUUUAUGGACUAUAUGCCAACAGAGAAGAAAACUCAAGCACAGAUACUUGCAGUCCAAGGGAUGGGACUCGGGGGAGAUUUGACUCCUGAAAAAAUGAGACGCCUGGACGAUCCUCAGUGGUCACAGAGAAACCCGCACCUCGAGCACGUCGAAAAGUGGCUAAACACCGUUGUCGAAACGAACGUCCCCCGAGAAAGAAUUGAAUCUGAUAUCUCUACACCACCAAACACUCCUCGACAGAACGAAAUGGAGCGGAUCGUUAUUCCAAUCGCAGCAAACACAGACGAAGACCCAUCAACGAGUCUCUCCCGGAAUUUUACUCAGUUUGAGGAAAAAGAAAAACGACAGCAAAACUACGAAUCGGAAGAAUCACCUGUGCAAAAGGAACCGCCUCCGAAACGACAGAAAACAACAUCAGUACACCGGCAAAGAAGGUAUCUGAGAAAAGCUAAACGACAAUCCAAAACAAAGCUUGAAAAACGGCAGUCCAAUUUAAGCCAUUUGAGCAUACAAGGAAAGACGCCCUUCAAGCCUCCAAGUGCAGACGCGGGGUGUGCAAGAGAAGAGACUUCGCCGCCCAGCCAAGAACGCCAAGCAGGUGAGUUUUCUGGGGAACCACAGACGCCAACACCUCGCCAUCAACCCAGACAUCGUCGCUGUCCCUGCAGAGGUAGACAUCACUCUCACUGUAAACAGAGACAGACAUUGGAACACGGUCCACAUCGUCACCAUGGCAACCUUCAUGGACACGCCCACCAUCAGGAUUCAAACCCAGGGAACCAAACUGCCGAACAAGACGUAGAAACGCAGGCUCAAAACAUGUGUAGUAUAAUGUGACCUCAGGACCUUGAUAUAUGCUAAAUAGGAGCUAAUUCUUAUAAGAUUGUCUUAUCGUAUCCAGGUUUUGAAUUCAAAGAAUGUGAAUCAAGCUUUACAAAUGCUUUUUUUUCUGUAUUUUGGCAACCAUGAAGUACCUUUUCAAUUAUAUUUUUUAAUAUCUUAAGAACGUUUCAUUUACACAUGUAAAAUACCUGAAAUAAAACUUAAAAUUUUCAAUUUUUUCUUUCAAGUGUGAGUUGUGAACUCAAAAUUAUAAUUCACUAUCCGAGUUUGUUCUGUAAUGUAUUUGGGAGUAGAUUAAAGUAAAAUACAUGUAUAUAUAUAUAUUGCAUCACAAAUAACUUUUAAACAUAAAAAAUGAUUAAAAAAAAAAAAGAAAAAAAUUUGAUACCCCUUGCUAGCUUUCACUGUUAUGUGUUGUCAAAAAAUGACGCUAGGUGUCAGCAACCGGAAGCUUUAUCUAAAAAGCGUAAAAUAGAGGCCAUUUCUUUGAUGUUGUUAAUAUCAUAUACAGUAUUCAAAUGUACUCACGGGGAUAGAAAAAACAAUAAAUCGGUGUUAUUAUAAAUAUAUCAUGCAAAAUGAACUUAACAACAAUGCGACAACAUACAGUACAUGCUAUUUUGUCCAUGUUAUUUUAAUCAUUGACAAAAUAUUUACAUUUUUGAUAUUUUUUCUUUAAAAAGUAAAAAUAAUUUUAAAUUCCAAUAAAAUGAUUUUUGUCACGAGAACCUAACUCAG